CUUUAACAAAGUGUGAAGCUGAACUCUGAGCUGUGACGGUCUGAGCAGUGUGAGAGUGUCAGUAGAUGAUGAGCUGCUGAAGGGCUUUGAAAGAGGACCAUGAAGAUGUUGGUGGUGUUUGUGAUCCUCCUGCACGUUUCCCAGCAUGCCUCAGCUGUGGAGCUGUAUGAGGGGGAGUCCUUCAUCCUGCCCUGUAAGUUUAACACCUUUAGACUGAGACACCCCUCAGUGUUGUGGAGCCGCUCUGACCUCAGUCCUCCAACCGUCCACCAGCUCCAAGGAGACGAACUGAAAGAGCAGAACCAGCGUUACAGCGGCCGAACAUCCAUGAAGACUGACGCUCUGGAGACUGGAGACCUCAGCCUGAAGCUGACCGACCUCCAACUGUCUGACAGCGCCACCUACACCUGCUCUGUUAGAGAAUAUGGACGUGAACUGAGUCAGAGUGAUGUACAGCUGCAGGUCAAAGAACGGUUUCCAUCCUGGGCCAAAGCUCUCCUGGUUCUCCUGGUUCUUCUGGUGGUUUCUGGAGGUCUUUUAUUUCAUUUCCGGCAGCACUUCAUGUCAGGUUACAAGGUGGAGGUGGAUUCAGGGGUGGAGUCUGUCCAGCUGCCCUGUAAAACUAUAGUUCACCUGCCCAAAGGCACUAAGGUAGAGUGGAAGGACGGAGACAGCAGGAAGGUCCACGUGUAUCAGAGCAGCUCUGAGCAGCCUGAAGAACAGCACGACUUUUACAGAGGACGAACAAAGAUGGAGAGAAACCUGCUGAAACCUGGAGACCUCAGUCUGACCCUGAAACACCCCACAGACACACACACCUACACCUGCACCGCCUACAACAAGAGGGGAGACAUCCUGAUGGAGAAACAAGUGCAGCUGACAGUCAGAGUCCCCCAGGUGGAGGUGGAGGACGGGGUGGAGUCUGUCCAGCUGCCCUUCACAACCACACUUCACCUGCCUCAAGAUGCUAAAGUGGAGUGGAUGGAUGAUUACAGGAAGGUCCACGUGUAUCAGAGCGGCUCUGACCAGCCUGAAGAACAGCACCAACGUUACAGAGACCGAACGAAGAUGAAUGAAGACCUGCUGAAAACUGGAGACCUCAGUCUGACCCUGAGACUCCCCACAGACUGGGACAACAGGACCUACACCUGCACCGUCUACAGCAGGGAGGGAAACAUCCUGCUGAGGAAACAGGUGGAGCUGAGAGUCAGAGUCUGUCAGGUGGAGGUGGAGGAGGGGGCGGAGUCUGUCCAGCUGCCCUUCAGAACCACAGGAAACCUGCCUGGAGAUGCUGCAGUGCUGUGGGAACGCACUGAACCUAAAUACAACACUCUCCACGUGUAUCAGAGCGGCUCUGACCAGCCUCUCAAACAGGACCAGGAUUACAGAGACCGAACGAAGAUGAAUGAAGACCUGGACCUGAAGUGGGACAGCAACAUCAGCUCCAUCAUCCAGAGAGCCCAGCAGAGGAUGCACUUCCUGCAUCAGCUGAGGAAGUUCAAACUACCCAAGGAGCUGCUGGUGCAGUUCUACACAGCAGUCAUAGAGUCUGUCAUCACCACAUUCAUCAGUGUGGCAGCUCUGCUACUAAGCAUGACCUCCACAGACUGCAGCACAUCAUCAGGUCUGCAGAGAGGACAGAUGGGGUUGAGUUGCCUUCACUGCUGGAUCUGCACGCCUCUAGAACCAGGAAGCAUGCAGAGAAGAUCUUCACUGACCCGUCUCACCCUGGACAUCAUCUGCUCCAGUGUUUCAGCCAGAUGA